AUCCGUGUGCUUCUUUAUGUUCAGGUGGUACGUGACCCUCGUUUUGAGUCUUUAUGUGGUAAACUUGAUGUCGAGGGGUUCAGAAACAGAUAUAAUUUUCUGUUUGAGAACAACCUACCGGCUGAAAGAGAGGAGGUGCAGAAAAGACUUAAAAAGGCCAAAGACCCAAAAGUCAUUGGUGAACUGAAGAACCAUAUUUCUUGGAUCGACAAGCAAAUAAAGUUUGAGUCAGCAAAGCAUACUGAUGCAAAGAUUCUGGCUGAGCAUAAGAAGAAAGAAAGAGAAGCAGCAAAGCUCGGGAAACGCCCCUUCUAUCUUAAGAAAUCUGAAAUUCGGAAGCAAAGGCUUAUUGAGAAAUAUAAAAAACUCAAGGCAUCCGGCAAACUUGAAUCUUUCAUUGAGAAGAGGAGAAGGAAGAAUGCUGCUAAGGAUCACAGAUUCAUGCCAUAUCGUCGGCCCAAUAAUAGUGAGCAACAAAGUUAACGAUCCCACAAGUUUUUUUGGUGGCUUGAGAGCUGUAUAUACAUGUUCUUCCAUCUCGCAUGUUAAGGCAUGCUUGCCCUCUGUGUGUGUUGCUUCAGAUGAGAUCUAAGUUUUAAGUGGCACUGAGUUAAGAUAGGCAACAUUUUGGUUCACACUAUUAGAGAUUUUGUUGUAGGCAACGGAUAUGAUUGAAUUAUUAUCUAUUUGUAUCUGGUCAUGUAUUCUUAGACAAAAACAGCAGUUUGGGGCAAGGUUUUUUUUUAUUUUCUUUAUCAAUUUUCCAACAUUUUAUCUAUUUUGUAUUUUCUCUCUGAUUAUGAGACGGUAAAAAUACUAUAAUAUCAGUACAGACCACACUUUUCCUUUA